AUGCACCGGCCCACCUCUCUAACAGAGGCAGAGAGGCGCUGUAUGAUUCUGUGCCACGAGCAAGGGGCUUCCAUUCGGCAGAUCUCUCGGCUCAUUGCAAGAUCUCGUUCUUCAGUCCAGCGCGUCAUUCACAAGCACAUAGCUCUCAAGCUCUUAGCGUCCGCUGAUCCCUCGUCUCGAGUUGGAUCCGCCUUAGCGGGCGACGAGCCUCCCGCGGAGGCCCCACAGCAGCAGCAGCAGCAGCAGCAGCAGCAGCAGUACCUGCCGCAGCACCUGCUCCAGCCGCUUCAGCAGCAGCAGCUGCAGCAGCAGCAGCGCCAGCAUAUUGGGACCCCCGCCAGGAACCCUUCAACUUCAGAACUUGCAGUUGCAGUGGCUGCGCUGCUGCGCGAGCAGCAGCGUCAGCAACAGCAACAGCAGCAGCAGCAGCAGCAGCUGCUACAGCAGCACCCGCUCCAGCUGCUGCAGCCUCAGGAUGAUAGCGCGACAGCUGUGGGCAAAGGCCUGCAUCAGCAGCUGCACGAUCAGCUGCAGCAGCAGCUGCAGCAGCAGCUGCAGCAGCAGUUGCAGCAGCAGAUAGAGCACCCACCACCGGGGCUUGGGCCUUCAAACCAGGGAUCGGUAGACACGGCAGCGGCGUCUGCUGCUGCUGCAGCAGCAGCAGAAGCAGCCAGCUGCUUAGGGCCCCGCGAUGACCCUCUGCUACCACCAGCAGCAUUAGACGAGUGCACGGGAUUGGGAGAGCAGCAGCUGCUGCCGCAGCAGCAGCUGCUGCUGCAGCCAUCCUUGCUGCCGCAGCAAGAAGACACGUGCUGCAGCAAGGCUGGCAGCAACAGCAGCAAGAGCAGCAAGACGAGCGGCGGUAGCAGUAGCAAGAGCAGCAAGAGCAGCAGCAAGAGCAGCAACAGCAGCAACAGCAGCAACAUCAGCAACAGCACAAACGGCAGCUGGUGUUCUGGCUCAACGUAUAGAGGGGAUGCUGCUGCUGCUGCUUGGAUUUCCUCUGCAGCAGAAGCUCUUCCUGCUGCAGACGCCCUCACCACUGGUGACGGUGGUGCUGCUGCAACUGCUGUUGCUGCUGCUGCUGCCGGCCUGUCAAAGCUCUCUCUUUUGGAGGGGAGGAACGGUGCUGCUGGAACAGCAGCAGCAACAGCUGCUGCCGUUGGUGCUUCCAGCGCCAGCACCAGCACCACCUCCAGCAGCAGCAGCAGCCAUCAUCAUCAACAGCAGCAACAGCAGCAACAGCAGCAACAGCAGCAGCUAGAUAGCGUUUCUCGCUCUCUAGGUCAAACAGACCCCACAGCAACUCCGAUAAGCAAGCCUCUGGCGACGCAGCGCCAACGACAGCAGCAGCAGCAACAGAAGCAGCAGCAGCAACAGCAGCAGCAGCAGCCGGGGCAGGCACUCGAUAGAUUGCUGCUACCUCUCCUGCAGCAGCAGCAGCAGCAGCAACAAGCGCAGCAGCGCCUGCAUGGAAACGACUUCCCGCAUGGAAGUUUAGAACAGCGUUGCUUCUCUUUGCUGCAGGACCUACAGCAGCAGCAGCAACAGCAGCAGCAGCAGCCGCCGCUGCUGCAGCAUCCUUGGAGUGGUCUGUUGCUGCAGCAGCAACAGCAACAGGAAGAGCAAUCCUUGCUGCUGCCGCCGACGACGUAUAUGCAGCGUGAGCCGCAGCAGGGAGCUGCACCAGCUGCAGCAGCAAGCAACCAUCAGGUGGGUAACGGGUACAAGAACUCCUGGCAGCAGCAGCAGCUGCUGCAGCAGCAGCUACUGCAGCAGCAGUUGCUGCAGCAGCAGCUGCAAGAGCAACAGGAGUCGCAGCAACGGAUCAGUGGUCCUCAGCAGCAGAUGUUUGGAGCAGCUUUAAAUUCAUUGGGCUGCCCAUCUCUGCCUUCGCACGGCACAGCAGCAGCAGCAGCAGCAGCAGGAGGGUUGGGUCCCGCCUGGACCCCAAGGCAGCAGCAGCUGCAGGUGCUGCGGCAGCAGCUGCUGCAGCAGCAAUUGCAGCGGCAGCUACAGCAGCAGCAGCAGCAGCAGCACCUGCAGCAUCGGCAGCAGCUGCCGCAGCAGCGGCAGCAGCUGCAGCAACGGAAGCAGGUGCUGCCUAAGCGACAGCAGCAGCAGCAGCAGCUGCAGCAGCUGCAGCAGCAGUGCCCGCCUUACCCUGAAGACUGCUCUUCGUUGCCGCUUAUGAGUGCCUUUCCCUCUAGUAGCCCUGAGAAGGCCCCAUUGUAUGAUCGUCUGCUGCAGCAGCAGCAGCAGCAGCAGCAACUGAGCUGCGCCGUUUUCGAUUCGGCAGCUGAGCAGCAGCAGCAGCAGCAGCUGCUAGUUGCGGGAGGUUCUAGCUUCAGCAGCAAGGCAGCACCGACAGUGCAGCCGCUGCUGCAGGAGCCAUUGAGCUCGCUUUGGGGGGGAUCAGAAGCAAGCAGCAUUAGCAGCAGCAACAGCAGCAGCAGCAGCAGCACCGCUAGCACCGGCAGCAGCGGCUGCGUUGCUUGGGCUUGUGCUCCUUUGGGGGCCCCCAGCGGAGGCCCUAACAAUCUCCCUCUGCUUCCGUCUCCUUUCGUUGCAGUUGCUGCUGCACCCGCAGAUGGAGCAGCAGCUUCUGGAGUGCAGCAACCGCAGCAACAGCAGCAACAGCAGCAACAGCAGCAACAGCAGCAGCAACAGCAGCAGCAGCAGCAGAGUCCUGAGUACUCACGGUGGGCGCUGCAGCGCGGGCUGCUUCCUUGUGGUGCCGCUGCUCCGUCAGCAGCAGCAAAUAUUUCUGCUGCUCCCGCUGGAAGCAGCAGGUUUUUUGCUGCCCCCGCAGAUGCAGCAGCAGCAGGAACAACAGCAGCAACAGCAGCAGCAGCAGCAGCAGCAAACGUGCCGCCCGCUGGGGGCAGCGAAGAAGAAGCAGCUUAUAGCAGCGACGCAGUUGCCGUUCUUACUCAUGGAGGAGGCUCCCCCGCAGAUGAGGGGCCCCACACCUGCAGCACAAUAAACAACGAUACCCCGCUGGACGUACACUCCACUGCAGCAGCAGCAGCAGCAGUUGCUGGUGCUGCAGCAGCAGCACCAGCAGCAGCAGCUGCAGCACCAGAAGCUGCAGCAGAAAGUGCAGCAGGUGAGGAAGGUUAA